CAUCUUGUCAGCCAUUUCCUAGCUGAUUCUGCACAGAUUCUGGGUACCGCGCUGAGGUUUGCUUCACCCUGUCUGAGGCGGCACCGACGAACACAUAAAUAAGCCCGAGGCCGGCGGUGGCCGCAGUGAGGACUCCAGCGGCGUGAAGACGCUGGGUCAGCCCGCUCCUGGGGACUCCUCCUGCCGACCGGCGGGACCGCAGGGACGCAGCAGCCAUGGCUCUGAAGAUGGUCAAAGGCAGUAUCGACAGGAUGUUCGACAAGAACCUGCAGGACCUGGUGCGCGGCAUACGGAACCACAAGGAGGACGAGGCAAAGUACAUCUCCACCUGCAUAGAUGAGAUCAAACAGGAACUCAAGCAGGACAACAUCGCAGUCAAGGCCAAUGCUGUGUGCAAGCUCACCUACUUGCAGAUGCUGGGCUACGACGUCAGCUGGGCAGCCUUCAACAUCGUGGAGGUUAUGUCUUCCUCCAAAUUCACAUACAAGAGGAUUGGCUACCUGGCAGCUUCCCAGUGCUUUCACGAAGGCACUGAUGUCAUCAUGCUGACCACCAAUCAGAUUCGUAAGGAUCUCAGUAGUCCUAACCAGUAUGACACAGGAGUCGCUCUGACUGGCCUGUCAUGUUUUGUGACCCCUGACCUCGCUCGGGACUUGGCCAAUGACAUUAUGACCCUGAUGUCCCACACUAAACCAUUCAUCCGAAAGAAGGCUGUGUUAAUCAUGUACAAAGUGUUCCUGAAAUACCCAGAGUCCUUACGGCCGGCCUUUCCCCGUCUUAAGGAGAAGCUGGAGGACCCUGACCCUGGGGUCCAGUCAGCAGCUGUGAACGUCAUCUGCGAACUGGCCAGACGGAACCCCAAAAACUACCUGUCCUUGGCUCCGCUCUUCUUCAAGCUCAUGACCUCCUCCACCAACAACUGGGUCCUCAUCAAGAUCAUCAAGCUGUUUGGGGCCCUCACUCCCCUGGAGCCUCGCUUGGGGAAGAAGUUAAUCGAACCGCUGACAAACCUCAUCCACAGUACCUCAGCCAUGUCUUUGCUGUAUGAGUGUGUCAACACUGUCAUUGCAGUGCUGAUCUCACUCUCCUCUGGGAUGCCCAAUCAUAGUGCCAGUAUUCAGCUCUGCGUGCAGAAACUGCGCAUCCUGAUCGAGGACUCGGACCAGAACUUGAAGUACCUGGGUCUACUGGCCAUGUCAAAGAUAUUGAAGACCCACCCCAAGUCGGUGCAGUCCCACAAGGACCUCAUCCUGCAGUGUCUGGACGACAAAGACGAGUCCAUCCGACUUCGGGCCCUCGAUCUUCUUUACGGCAUGGUUUCCAAGAAGAACCUGAUGGAGAUCGUGAAGAAGCUGAUGCUGCACAUGGACAAGGCGGAGGGGACCACUUACCGCGAUGAGCUGCUCACCAAGAUCAUCGACAUCUGCAGCCAGAGCAACUACCAGUACAUCACCAACUUUGAGUGGUACAUCAGCAUCCUGGUGGAGCUGACCCGGCUGGAGGGCACCCGCCACGGGCACCUCAUCGCCUCGCAGAUGCUGGACGUGGCCAUCCGGGUGAAGGCCAUCCGGGGCUUCGCCGUGGCCCAGAUGGCCAUGCUGCUGGACAACGCCCACAUGCUCACCGGCAACACGCAGCGCAACGGCAUCUGCGAGGUGCUGUACGCCGCGGCGUGGAUCUGCGGCGAGUUCUCCGAGCACCUGAAGGACCCGCUGCAGACCCUGGAGGCGAUGCUGCGGCCCAAAGUGGCCACCCUGCCCGGCCACAUCCAGGCAGUCUACGUGCAGAAUGUAGCCAAGCUGUUUGCCACCGUCCUACGUGGCCAGGAGGGCGUCCCUGACAGGCAGGUGGCACAGGAGACCAGCCAGCUGCUCAUUGACAGGCUGCCACUCUUUGUCCAGAGCGCCAACCUGGAAGUGCAGGAGAGGGCCUCCUGCAUCUUGCAGCUGGUGAAAUAUGUUCAGAAGCUGCAGCAGAAGGAGGUGCAGGUUGCUGAGGAGGUCACGGCCCUGUUUGCCGGGGAACUGAACCCUGUGGCCCCCAAGGCACAGAAGAAAGUGCCGGUCCCCGAGGGCCUGGACCUCGACGCGUGGAUCAACGAGCCGCCGUCGGAGAGCGAGUCCGAGGACGAGAAGCCCAAGGCCGUCUUCGCCCAGGAAGAGCAACGGCCCACCCGCCCCCGACACCCCGAGGUGGACGAGAAGGAGCUGGCCAGGCGGAGAGAAGCCAGGAAACAGGAGCAGGCGAACAACCCGUUCUACAUCAAGGCCUCGCCGUCCUCCCAGAAGGUGUACGCAGAAACCCCAGGUGUGGAACACAUUCCCGUGGUGCAGAUCGACCUCAGCGUGCCUCUCAAAGUCCCAGGGAUGCCCAUGUCUGACCAGUAUGUGAAGCUGGAGGAGGAGCGACGGCAGAGGGAGAAGGCAGAGAGGAAGAAGAAAAAGGAAAAGAAGAGGAGGAAGGAUAAAUGUGGGCGGGGUCACCGGGCAGAGUCGGGCGGCGAGAGCGAGGAGGACAUCACGCCGGCACAUACGGUGGACAUCGUCACCGAGGAGAUGCCGGAGAAUGCUUUGCCCAGUGAUGAAGAUGACAAGGACCCCAGCGACCCCCACAAAGCUCUCGACAUAGACCUCGAUAAUCUGGUGAUGGGAGCCACACGCAGGCCGCUGGUGGACAACGAGAAGCUGCCCGUGAGGGCACACCGGCCCCCGGACGCCCUCAAAAGUCCGGUGGAGGGGGGCGAGGGGGAGGGCGUCGCUCAGGAGCCGAAGAAGAAGAGCAAGAAGGACAAGAAAGAGAAGGAAAAGAGGAAGAGCAAAGAGCGGAAGAAAAGCAAAGAGGAGAAGAAGAAGAACAAACACGGGCAGGAAAGGGGAGAGGAGCCCGAGGCGGGGUCGGCGGAAGAGCCCGCGGCUAUGGCGGCGGCUGCAGAGGCGACGACUCCACCUGCGGUGACAACGGCGGAGGUAUCUGAUCUGGAUUUUUGGCUCUCUAGUGCUCCAGUGCCCUCUAAUAAAAAGGAGGCAGCGGUUCCAGUUCCGGAAGUCGUCCCUGAUGCCGCCCCGGUUUCUGAGCCGGACGAGCCCAAAGACGCUGAGCUUGAGGAGCCUAAAUCCUCCAAACACAAGAAGAAAAAACAGAAAAAGGAGAAGGAGGACAGGGAUAAGAAAAAGAAGAAGCGGCACCAUCGUCACCAUAGCGACGGGGGAAGAGCAGAGUCUGUGCGGAACGGCGAGGAGGAAGAGGAAGAGGAGCCUCUUCCACCAAUGUCCAACUACUGCCUCCUUGCUGAGAACCCUUACAUCAAAAUGUCGUACGACAUCCAGGGCAACUUGCAGGAUGGCAGCCAAGUGGUGGUGUCCGUAAUAUUCGAGAAUAAAAGCAGCAGCAGCAGCUUCCUGAAGUGCAUGGAGUUCAAUGUGCUGGACUCCCUCAAUUCCAAGCUGCAGCGCCCCGAAGGUGCCAGCCCCCACGAGGCUGUCACCAUCCCAUUCCAGCUGCCCCCUGGAGUCUCGAACGAGGCGCGCUUCGUCUUCUCCGUGCAGAGCAUCGUCAUGCCGCAGAAGCUGAAGGGGACCCUCGCCUUCAUCGUCAAGUCUGAGGAUUCCUCCACUCAUGAGAAACUGGAUUUCAAACUGCACUUUACCUGCACCUCCUACAUGAUCACCACUCCGUGUUACAGUGACGCCUUCGCCAAGCUGCUGGAAUCCGGGGACCUGAAGGCGAGUUCCGUGCGGCUGGAGGGCGUCAGCAUGCCUUUCCACCACCUCCUCGCCAGGAUCUGCUUUCACCACCACUUCUCUGUUGUGGAGAGAAUCGAUUCCUGUGCUUCUAUGUACAGCAGGUCAAUCCAGGGUCACCAUGUCUGUCUGCUCGUCAAAACUGUUGACCAGACUGUGUCAAUUGAUGCCAAAUGCGACGAGCCAUCGCUGCUGGAGAACGUGCUACAGGAGAUCAAGCAGACCUUCGCCAAGUGCUGAUUGUGUCCCGUUGUCCCCUGUGCCCCAGAAACGCUCGCAUACUCACACACACACACAGGCAUAACAACACUGUCUGUUACACCCAUGUUCCCUGUCUUUCACUCUUACUUUCUUUUACCCGGUUGAUUAGCAGCUCCAUCUAUACCUGUCACCCAGUCUAUUCACCCUCAAACCUAUUUACUCAGUCUUGUGGCCCAUUUACUGUAAUUAAACUGCUACAUCGUUGCUUUUUUCUCCUCGGUUCUAAGUACUUCCUGUCACAUGGUUGUGUUCAGCUUCCUGUGAUGUGGUCUCCCUCCACCUCUCUGUUUACUGCAGUCGCUCCCUAACCUCUCAUCUGCUGGAUCUUUUCAGGCCUCCGGGUGAGACUGGACUUUUCCCCCUUUCUUUUUUUUUUUUUUUUAACGUUUUCUGUUCUGUUGCGUUCUGUCACCGCGAAGCUGUGCCCCUGAAAACUGACACACCUGGGUUCGGUUUCUCUGCUGCGGUCCUGCUCCUGUUAUUUCAGACUGAAUCUCCAAUAGUCUGGUUUUCACUACCAGCCACUUUACUCUGUUAGUUUUCCCUCCCUUCCUGAACUCAGACUUAUUCUCAUUAGCCAACAAUUCCUCAAAAGGAGAAGAAAAGUUUUUAUCCUACAUACUUGUAAUAUAGUUUGAUGCAAAAGCUAUACUGGAUCAAGAGGAAACAAACAGGCUUUUGUCCAGGCCAGUGUUAGGGACUUAUGCACUUAAUUUCAUUUUCAUGUAAUAAAUUUUCCCUGAAUGGAAGGUUUCAGAUUCCUGGAAUAAGAGUGAUCCAUCUUGGCCAGACCUCAGUUCCCCAUGUCAGUGUGCUUGAGCUCUUUGGGUUUGUAAGGAUGAAGAUGUAGCUCUCAGACGGCCUGGAUCACUGCUUCUCCUCAUUACCUUUGAAUACUUCAUUGUCCAGCGUAACUGAUCCUGUUCCGCACUCUGGGAACCAGCAUGUUUUAACCGCUUAUGUUAGUAUGUGGCUCCUUAUCAGGUUACCUGUAUC